AUGGAGCUGAACGAGCUGCAACGCCUCUCGGCGGCCUUUUACGAGCAGGGGAUGCGGUACACCUUCACGGCCUCGCAGCACCCGUCAAAUCCCGGUGUUUACCGCUUCGUCUUCUCGCGGCCCACCAACGCCACGCCGGAAUCGCCAGUGUACAUCACCGUCGAUAUUUUCCGGUCCCCCCCCGACAACAAAACAGACGACGACAACACGACGACGUACUGCGCGAUGGUUGAGGGACUCCGUUGGCCGUAUUAUUUCCGUCUGCGCGGUGGGGCGAUCGAUGAGGGCGGCUUUUCAGAAAAUUUCCUGGAGAAGGUGGACGCACAGAAAUGUAAAGUCAACGAGCGGUGCCUUUGGAUGUAA